AUUCUCAACCACCCCAAAAAGACCUGCCUUGUAAGCACUGUAAGCACUCACACAAGAAGAAGAAGAAGAAGAGAGAUAAAGAAGAUUAAUCAUCCUCCUCAACUCAAAUUGCUCCUUCAAAUCAUCUUCGGAAUUCUUCAUAUCCCACGGUAAUCUCUUACUUUUCUUUGUAGAAACAAACAGAAUCAAUCGAUCACUUCCGAUUGCUUGCUUUUCAUCCAUCGCCGCCGCCGCUAUAUAUCUCUUCUUCAUAUUCCUUUUGUUUGUUUCUUUCUUUUUCGAACAAGAGGAUAGAUAUAUAGGAACUGCUUGUUUCCUUAGCAAAUUAGAAAUUGAUCAUCAAUCAUCACUUAGGUUGUAGAUCUGUGAAUUAUUAUUAUCAUGCUACAUUCGCAAUAGGCGCACGAGCACAGGAAACUGUCAAAUUAAUAAUCAUCGAGAGAGCCUACUACUACUACAGUACUACUACUGCUGUUUGAGAAAGGAUGGAUUACAUUUGCGAUUACUGUAGGGAGCAAAAAUCAGCAGUAUAUUGUCGAUCUGAUGCUGCUAGCUUGUGUUUAUCAUGUGACCGUUCUGUUCAUUCUGCAAACGCUCUUUCUCAGCGUCAUUUCAGGACGCUUGUCUGCGAGAGAUGUAACUCGCAGCCUGCAUCCGUUAGACGUAUAGAAGAAAGAUUAUCGCUAUGUCAAGAUUGCGAUUGGGAAGGACAUGAUGACAAUCGCACUCGCAAUCGACAACCGGUGAAUUGCUACUCCGGUUGUCCUUCCUCGGAUGAAUUCAGUAGGAUCUGGCCUUUUCUUCAAGAUAUCGCGUUUGAUAGUACUAGUUCUGUUUGUGAGAAGGAACUCGGUUCAAUGACCAUCAACCAAAAGGAGCAUGAUGCUACUACUUCUUCUUCUUCCGGUUCAAGAACAACAUCAAUUGCAGACCAACAACAGCUGGGAAAGACUAAAUCAACUCCGUCCAAGUUACCUGCUUUAUGCGGAAUUGGAGAAGAAUUCGACGACGAUUUUAAUAUGGAUGAUGUCAACUUAACUAUAAACAACUUUGAGGAACUUUUCAACCUCGACAAUCCUCACAAUAUUUUCCAUGAAGGAACUGAUUGCUGGUUCGAUUUCGAUUACAGAACUGCAUAUCCAGCCGAGGUUAGUUCAAUUCCUUUUUUCCUUCUUCAUCAGGGCUCAUCAAUCGGAGCUUGCAGUAAUGCAGCAUCAGCAGAUUCUAUACUGAGCUCUAAAACAGAACCGAAUCUCUGCUUCGUCAAGCAAGCUCAUUCUGGAAUUUCGUUUUCUGGUUUCUCAAUAGAAAGUAAUGGCGGUACUGGAGAUCAUCUUGACUGUGAAGCUUCUCCUAGGCAGCCUUCUACCACCAGAACCAGCGCAGUUUUACGAUACAAAGAAAAGAAAAAAGCUCGCAAAUUCGAGAAGAGAGUGAGAUAUGUCUCGCGCAAAGAAAGGGCCGAUGUAAGGAAGCGUGUGAAGGGACGGUUUGUGAAGGCUGGCGAUGUUUAUGAUUACGAUCCUUUGGGACCGACAAAAAGCUAUUAAUAAACCUUGAAACAAUCAUCAUCAUUGCCAUGUAAUGUUUAAUUGAAGUGCUUAUUUAUAUAGAUAUACCAAUUUGUAGAACAUAAAGAAGAGCCCUCUAAAAGGGUCUUUUGCCAAUUUGCCAUUGGGAUUUUUCCACUUAAUUUCUCAAUUGGCACUGUACAUGCAAUAUAAUAAUAAUAUCAUUCAGCUUUGUAAUAUGAA